CACUUCAACCAAUGCAUUGUGGGUAGGUCAGGCACAGAUCGGACGCCAUGUGCUGUUGAGGCAGAGCCACAGCAGUUGGACUAGUCUGUGAUCAUCUUGAUUUGCUUUGUUUUAGUGGGGUUCCUGGUAAGGCCAGCAUGUACGGCACCAUACGCUGCCUCCGGACCGCUUUACGGGCCGCCGCGACCAUUCACCGGCACCACCUUCAGCAGCAGGCACCCACCCUGUGUCCUCUCCGACUUCUGAAAACCAGUCCGACCUCCCAUUCAGACGCCAUAGCCACACCCGCUCUAGACGGAGCGCCCAAACGGUACUCUCCGAAAAUCCAACAGCUGGUCAACGACAUCGCCAGCCUCAACUUGUUAGAGGUGUCGGACCUCAAUGAGCUCCUCAAGAAAACUCUGAACAUUCAAGAUGUUGGAAUGAUGCCAAUGGGGGCAAUGGCUACAUCUGCUGUUCCUGCAGCCCAGGCUACAGAAGAAGAGGAGGCACCGGUUAAGAAAGAAAAGACUCACUUUACAGUAAAACUGACAGAUUUAAAAGCGACUGAAAAAGUAAAGGUUAUAAAAGAAGUGAAGAACUGCAUCCAAGGCUUGAAUUUGGUGCAGGCUAAGAAACUAGUGGAGUCCCUUCCCCAGGAAAUCCGAGCUAAUGUAUCCAAGGAAGAAGCAGAAAAACUCAAAGCAGCUCUGGAGGCAGCAGGUGGCACUGUGGUGUUGGAGUAAAUCCAUGGAGUUUUGUUGUUCAUGCACUUCAUCCUUCAUCUAAAUGUUUUUAAUGUUUUUGUUGUUUUUUUGUACUCAAAAAAAAAAGAGGAUAUCAAGAGAAAUAGAAGGGAAACAUGUUUUUCCAGUGUUGUCAUCUUUUAAGCUGGGUCAGGUGGGGUGGUACAAAUCAGACUGAACUUUCCAGAAAAUCAACCUCCACAAAUGACUGCUACGCUCCCUGCUUAUGUGCUCAUGUGUUGUGUAGCUAGGAAGCUACAGAAAUGCUGGCCUGGAGGCCACAGGAAUCUGGAUAACUCUGUGUUGGUGUUAAAACUGCUUACAGAAAAAGGUUAGAGCUGCAUUAGAAUGGUUACAAAUGGGAAUGAACACCAAAUGUAUCGAGCUCAGUGGAUGGCAGAGCUGAGGCCAUAAAAUCAUUAAAGUUCUUGAUAAUGUCAUUAAAGUUGAAUUAUUCUUA